AACCCUUCUGCUCAGCCCCGGCGGAUCACUUUUAGUCGGAACACACAAAACCGGAAGGAAGGUUGGCGGAGGAAGACAAGCGUGAGAGAGCUUGGCCAUGGCUUGGAGGACGAACCUCGCUUGCCUCUUCAAGGCCGGAGGGAGGUGGAGAUGGUUCGCAGUCCCAGAGUACUCAUUCCUGCCUCCAGGCCUAAGGAAUAUCUGCCCUCGGAGAAAAUCCACUGCCCCUGAGAAAAUUGCUGCCAGCGUUGCUGUCUGCGCUGCGGAUGGCAAGGAGCCUGGGAAUGUGCUGGAGCAGCUCUUCUCCGCAGAGCAGCAGGCUUCUAUCUUGAAUGUUCUGAAUACAGCUUCUAGUAAAGAACUGGAAGCCUUCAGAUUGCUUCGAGGAAGAAAGUCCGUCAAUAUUGUCGAACACAGAAAGAAGUUUGGGCCCUUUCAGAGUUUGGAGAGGUUGAUAGACGUGCCCUUGAUCCAGUAUAAAACUGCUGUUCAAGUUUGUAACUCCAUUCUUUGUCCAGAGAGUGGAAGGAAGAAAAAGUCAAAGGAAAAGUGGCUGCUGAGGAAGUUCAUCAAACCAGAUGUGGAGAGAGAGAGACUUAAGGCAGUUAAUAGUAUCGUAUCUAUUGUUUUUGGUACUCGAAGAAUUGCGUGGGCUCACCUUGACCGGAAGCUGACGGUGCUGGAUUGGCAGCAGGCUGAGUGUUGGAAAUUAACAAACAGAAUGUACCCAACGUCCUUCUAUCUGGAGGAGAUUUCUUCAGUCAUUUCAAAGAUGCCUAAAGCAGAUCUCUACAUUUUGGAAAAAUCUGGACUUUCCAUUCAGAACACAUCUCUGUUUCCUAUAUUAUUACAUUUUCUUAUCACGGAAGCCAUGCUCUAUGCCUUACUCAACAAGACUUUUGCUGAGGAUGGCCAGCACCGGGUGCUGAGCAUAAACCGGAACGCCGUGGGCAAGCACUUUGACCUGAUGGUUGGCGACACGAGGACUAGUGGGAGGGAGCUCGUGAAGACGUUCCUCACUCAGGCUGUGCGGAAGGAGCCUCGGGUGUUCUUCCCACAGGAGCAAGUGCUGCGGUACAGACAGAAGGUUCUCAAGGACUCACAUCGGAUCGAAGAGCUGUAUGAUUCCUUACUACAAGCUGUUGCUUUUUACGAGUUAGUCUUUGACAAAAGUGUGGAGCUCAAAUGUUAAUGUACUCUCUAGCGUUACAUUAAUUUAUUAAAUCAUCUCCAUGUUAGUGGAGAAGAAAACAAUUUGAGUGUUUUUCAGGUUUAUAAAAUCAGACUUUUGGUUGUGAAAUAGUGUUUAUGAGCCAAGACCAAGUCAAUAAAUAUUUUAGGAAAUUCUGUGCCUUCUGUGUUUAAGUGCUAAAUAGUAAGAUGCC